UUUUCAUUUCCAGUUCGACCAUGGAGUUCGCGUUUGUACUAAUGGUGCUGGCCUGCAACUACAUUGAGGGCAAUCUCGUUGGAAGGAACAGUAGUGACCACACUGAAGUUACAGAGGAGAAUGCGACGAACGCAACGACUUCGGCGCACUUCGCAGCUGUCACCCCUCUUGAGAGAAGGAUGCUUGAUGGAAGUGCAGCUUUUCGAAGGCCUACUGAGCAUGAAAUGCAGCCUAUGAUAAAGAAUGCUAGAAAGGAAAAUAUGGAUCGUGCUCGUAGAGACGAACCCUUGCUCGCUCCUGAAAUUGUCUGGAAUAAUGUGGAUCAAUCUGGGAGCACGAAUGAGGAUGAAAAUAUGAAUGUAGAUACAAAUAAGGAUCAAGUUGAAGUUGAUUUCGGAGAAUCAUAUCAUCGACGUUCUAAAGAUGAUGAUGAUGUCUAUGAAUAUUUUAAUGACGAUAACGAUGACUCUAUGCGCAACGAAAACGAAGUGAACGACGACGUCUCUGGCAACUACGAAUCUCAAAAUGAACGAGUGCGUUCAUAUGGUCUUGUAAAUUCGGAUGGAGACGAUGUUACCAGUGAGGAUGAAGACGCAGUUUUCUAUAAUAGACCACUUAAUGAGGGUACAGAUUCCCGUGAAGGACCACUUGAUGACUUCCGUAGCAACUACGAAUCUCAAAAUGAACGAGUGCGUUCAUAUGGUCUUGUAAAUUCGGAUGGAGACGAUGUUACCAGUGCGAAUGAAGACGCAGUUUUCUAUAACAGACCAGUUAGUGGGGGUACAGAUUCCCGUGAAAGACGCAACUACGAUUCUCAAAAUGAACCAGUGCGUGCAUAUGGUAUGCGUGUAUCUGGUAUUGAAAAUGGGGACGGAGACGAUGAUACCAGUAAGGAUGAUGAUGAUGGUGAACCACUUGAUGACGAUACAGGUUCCUAUGAUGGACCACUUGAUGAAGGCGUCGAUGAUUUUAGUAGCAAAGCCAAUACCGUUCAUUUGCACUUCACUGCCAUGUCCCCCAAAUCUAGAGCUAUCGUUAGUAGAAUGCUUUCGCUUCUCAGCGAAGAGGUGGGAAAAUUUGAGGGUGGAUCAUCCGGCUUUGGCUCUAAUGAUGCUGAAUCCGAUGUACGCAAGAAAGCUCCAUGUACCAGAAAACAUUUGCAUCUUGCGGUUGAAGAGUUGAAAUGGGGAUGUCGUGGUGUCAUGGAGUUUUACGACAAGGUAUGCAAGAAAGAUUACGCUAACUGUAUCCGUAGAAGGAAAAAACGAAGAUGUAUACCGCAACUGUGUAACUGGGCCAGACGACGAACCAAUAAAUACUGUUACCUAGAAGUUUUCGGCUGUAAUUAAGUCAAUCACAAUAAAG